UUCUCGCUGGCGACCCACCGGCACCAGCCACCAGGCCACGAGUGCACCACCCGCGAGCUGCCGGCCGCCGUGUGGCCACUAGAAAUAAGAAAAAGAAAAACACUCGCAAAAAUCCAUCCCCGCCACGGCCACCCGCUCCUCAUCGCCCCACCCCGCCGCCACGCCGGGGGAGUAAUAAAAACCAAAGUGUGGCGCCUCCCAUUCGUCCGGCUCCCCGUCCCCGGUGCCAAGUCAAAGCCAGCCAGCCAGCCACGCGAGGAGGUAGAGAGAGGGGGCGCAUCGCGGCGGCGGCGGAUAUGGCGGCGGAGAGGGACAUCGACGACCUGCCGCGGGGCGCCGCCAACUACACGGCGCUCACGCCGCUCUGGUUCCUGGAGCGCGCCGCGCUGGCGCACCCCGCCCGGGCGUCCGUCGUGCACGGCCCCGUGCGCUACACCUGGGCCGACACCUACCGCCGCUGCCGCCGCCUCGCCUCCGCCCUCGCUCGCCGGUCCGUCGGGCACGGGACCACGGUAGCUGUAAUAGCUCCAAACAUUCCAGCAGUAUAUGAGGCUCAUUUUGGAGUUCCAAUGGUUGGAGCAGUGGUGAACUGCGUCAACAUUCGAUUAAAUGCUCCUACUGUUGCAUUUCUCUUGGAGCACUCGUCAGCGGAAGUUGUGAUGGUUGAUCAGGAAUUUUUCUCCCUAGCAGAGGAUUCUCUGAGGAUUAUCGCGGAGCAAAAGAAAGGCGCUUUCAAAAAGCCACUUCUAAUUGUUAUUGGUGAUCAAAUCUGUGAUCCUGCGUCCCUAAAAAGUGCUUUGAGCAAAGGAGCCAUUGAGUAUGAGAAGUUCUUGGAAACCGGUGAUCCUGAGUUUGCCUGGAAACCACCACAGGAUGAAUGGAAGAGUAUUGCCUUAGGUUAUACUUCUGGGACGACUUCUAAUCCAAAGGGCGUGGUAUUGCAUCACAGGGGAGCUUACCUAAUGUCACUGAGUGGUGCUCUCGUAUGGGGAAUGAAUGAAGGUGCUGUUUAUUUGUGGACUUUGCCGAUGUUCCACUGCAAUGGCUGGUGCUAUACAUGGACUCUUGCUGCUCUUUGUGGAACAAGCAUUUGUCUUCGUCAGGUAACAGCAAAGGCCAUCUUCUCGGCAAUAGCCAACCAAGGCGUGACCCACUUCUGUGGAGCACCGGUUGUCCUCAACACCGUCGUCAACGCGCCGCCGGCUGACACCAUCCUCCCACUGCCCCGGGUCGUCAACGUCAUGACCGCCGGCGCCGCCCCGCCGCCCUCGGUGCUCGCGUCCAUGUCGAAGCUCGGCUUCCGCAUCACCCACACCUACGGCCUGUCCGAGACGUAUGGCCCGUCCACGGUGUGCGCGUGGAAGCCGGAGUGGGACGACCUGCCGGACGACGAGCGCGCCCGCCUCCACGCUCGCCAGGGCAUCCGCUACGUCGGCCUAGAGGGCCUCGACGUCGUGGACCCGAAGACGAUGGCACCCGUCCCCGCCGACGGCUCCACCCUCGGGGAGAUCGUCAUGCGCGGGAACGGCGUCAUGAAGGGGUACCUCAAGAACCCCAAGGCGAACGCGGAGGCGUUCGAGAACGGGUGGUUCCACUCCGGCGACCUGGGCGUGAGGCACCCCGACGGGUAUGUCGAGGUGAAGGACCGGGCCAAGGACAUCAUCAUCUCCGGCGGGGAGAACAUCAGCAGCCUGGAGGUGGAGAAGGCCGUGUACCAGCACCCGGCGGUGCUGGAGGCGUCGGUCGUCGCGCGGGCCGACGAGCAGUGGGGGGAGUCGCCGUGCGCGUUCGUGACGGCCAAGGACGGCGUCGACCGCUCCGACGAGGCGGCGCUGGCCGGCGACAUCAUGCGGUUCUGCCGCGAGAGGCUGCCGGGUUACUGGGUGCCCAAGUCCGUCGUGUUCGGGCCGCUGCCCAAGACGGCGACGGGGAAGAUCAAGAAGCACGAGCUGAGGGCCAAGGCCAAGGAGUUGGGCCCGGUCCGGAAGAGCAGGAUGUGAGCCCAUCUUAAGCUCUCAAGGAACACUUGUUUGUUUGUACGGAGUGCUACUGUAUUUGUGGUCACCAGUUCGCCCUUGCCAUGUACUUUUAGGAGAGAGUUGUAAACUGUUAGCCUCGUUCUUGUAUCACCAACACGAUCGAUGAGUGAUUGGAGCUUGAAAUAAUACACAAGCAGGUGAGGAUUAUUGCCAACUCGAUGAAAAAUGAAGAUCAAAGGUAAGAAGUAGUGUCUGAUAAA